UCAAUAACAUUGUUUUCUUGCUCCUAAACUCGACUACUGGUUCGCUCGGUUCGUCUCAAAUGGACUCGUCAAAUGUGCAAGGCAUUUGAGCAUCUUCUCCGAGUUAAGCCAGUUUGAUAGCUUAACCGACGCUCGGUUUCUGAAGCGAAGACCUCUCGAUAAACCUCGUCGUAAGACAGCAAGCUUGAAAUCUCCUGGGUUUCCUAACAUUCAACUGAGAAUCUAACCUUUGGCUUCGCCAAAAGACAUAUCUUGACUUCGUUUUAGGUGUCUCUCUGCUAUCAAUCAAAGAAGCUAGGUUACAGCUGAAGGAUGCAACUUUUUGAUAUCAUUUAUUGAAAAUAGAAUGGCUUUUUGGCAUAGACUUAACCAAUCUAAGCUUAAACUUCUCUCACAUCAACUAAAGCGAUCCUAUGCUCAACCCCUUUAUCCUUCUUUGCUUAAUUACACUACUAAAACCUCAAACUCAUGUAGAUUAGAGAACCCAUUUUUAGAUGUUUCCAAAAGACCCACUUGCAAGAUGCCCAAUGAUUCUUGCAACAAUGUCAGGUUUUUUGCUACUUCAUUUCAGGCCAAGACAAAGGACAACGGACCGCGUUUAAAUGACCAGAUCACAUCUCAGUUUAUUCGUCUUGUAACUGAUGAAGGGCAUGGUGUUGUCCCAAGGCGUGAAGCACUGGAACGAGCAAAGAAGCUCAAACUUGAUCUGGUUGAGGUUGAUAGAAAUGUCGAUCCACCUGUCUGUAAAAUUAUGGACUUCAACAAAGAGAAGUACAAACAACAGUCGAAGGAAAAGGACCGUGUUAAAAGCAAGUCAGAGGUCACAUUGAGAAAAGGCGAUUGCAAAGAAGUUCGGUUUUCUGCUAAAACUGAACAAAAGGACUUGAAGAUUAAAGCAGAUUCAGUUAUUAGGCUGAUGGAGCGUGGUUAUCGAGUGAAGUGUAUGGCCUUAGGUUCACCGAAAAAGGGAGGUAGGGCCUCAAAAAAGCAUGAUGGAGAUCUAACUGAGGAGGAAAUAGCUGAGAGGAUAAAACAAGAAGAAGAAGAGAAAGAGGAACUAAGAGCAACGCUGUCUCGUCUCACUGCUUUGAUGGGUGAUGAAUUCAUUAUAGAGAGUGGACCGAGGGUGGAGAAAAAACAAGCAUAUGUGUUAGUUAGGCACGCCAAGUUUGGGCAGUCAAAGAAAGUUGGUGCAAAAAAGUUCAAGGAUGUUCAAGAGGUUGCCAAUGCAAAGUCGAGCGCCAACCAUUCUGGACCUGUUGCAAAUUCAUUGAUGGCUGAAAAGGAUUCUUCGGAAUCUGCUGUGGAAACGGAAGACAAGAUCCUUUCUGAUGAAGAUGAUGUACCAGAUGAAAUAUGUGAAGAUAAUAAAACCACUUGGUCAAUUGCUGAUUCAACUGAUGGUUUUGACGGAGCAUUUGCUCAUGGUACUGAUGACAAGGAUCCUAGUAUAUAUUGUAGAGAAGACAUGAAUAUUCCACGGAAAGCGAAUUCCUCUGGAUUGAACUUCAGUAUUCCAAACGUAUUUCAGCCUAAGCCAGCACAAGAUUCUCAGCAACUUCCAUCCUCACCACAGCCUUCCCUUGGGACCAUUAACAGAUAUAAACCACAGCCUUCCCUUGGGACCGAAAAAAAAUAUAAACCACCACCGUCCCUUGGGACUGAAAACAGAUAUAAAGUGAGGCAGCAAUUCCCUCUCAACACAUCAAGAGAUAGUAGGGGCCCAGAUAAGCCAGCCUCAUUCGGGUUUGAACCUCGGUUAUCCCCUCGAAGUGGGCACUCACAGUCAGAGAUAAAUGUCACUUCCUCGAUUGGAGAAAGUAAACCAGUUCGGACAGAUUCUUCUGCAUUUAGAAACAUGAAGCUUCCUCCUGAAAUGCUCAAGCAACUUGAUGUUCCCAGUGGUACCAGUUCACCAGCAUCUAGUUUUGGAAUGUUUAGCUCUCCGAAAGCAAGUAGUCCUGGGAAGCAAGAUGUAACAGCAGAGGUUAAUAACAGUGAAGGAAACCGUUAUAAUUCUGGCAGAGAUUCAACCAGAGGGUUGGGAGUAAAUCCUAAGCUCUGAAGUUUCAAAAGUUGAUGGUGGCCUAAGACCAGGUGGGGGUUAUUUAGUAGAGAUGACAAUUUGGAUCCAAAUAGAAUAUCCAAUUACAAUUAAGGAGUAAUAAUACUAUAUUACAUAUGAUCUUUCUGUCAAAUCUCUUUCGAUCUAUUAGCAAGUGUUCUUAGAUUCUUAGGUUGAAUUGCAUGGAAACCUCUAAAUAGAGGGGCUGCAGAAUUUUUGAUAUGGCGGAACCAUUAUUUAUUUCUCUGGUCAAGUAGGAAAUACAGGCAGGAAUUGAUUUCCAAGCCAAACAGCUUGGUAAAUUACCAUAAUAAUGUCUAAUUGUUGAUGAACGUACUUUAAAGCUUGAAUUUUGUUGUUUUUAAAUUCCAUUAUUUUUGCCCUUUUGCCUUCUAAA